GUUUAUCGCGCUCUGCGCUACCUCCUCUCAUUUAUUAAAAAUUAAUGGUGGUGUACGGUUCUACGUUCAGCAGCUAGCGCGUCUCGCAGUUUCUCGCCAGAGUGAAUUUCAAUUUUCAAUUCCAGAAAAUACAUCUCAGAAGGGAGGCCAAGCGAAUUUCGGAAAUAACGACGGUGUGUUGAGUAAACUAAAUCAAAGUGACAAAUAACCGGGGUUUCAUAACAACAACAACAACAGCAACAACAAUAAUAAUAAUUACAAAAAAAAAAGAAAAGAAAACAACAAAUAGCAGAUACAACAACAAGAAGCAAUAACCACAUCCACAAAAGCGACAGCCACUAAAAGUUAUAUCCGAGAAUAAAGGCAAUUGGCAAUUGGCGAAUUGCAAAUGCAAAUUUAAAGUGUGCGAACGAGUCGAUAAAGAGAGAAAGAAGGAAGCAGUGUGCUAAGGCAAAAGCAAGGAACAGAUUCACUCACAGAAAAAAACCAAAACCAAAACCCAAUUGUUAAAAAACGUGUAAUAACAAUCCGGCAGCGGUGAAUCAAUCCGAUUCUGGUUCCAAUUUCGAUCUACGACCGCAGAGCAGAACAGCAGAAAACGCCGAGCACCAGAAAGUAAUACAUCCAAUCAUCCGUAAAUGCAUCAGCUAAGCAACAGUAUUUUUGCUCAACAAUUGGACAGAAAACACAAGGAAUAAUACAGUAGAAGCCGUGAUUAUUGGUUGCAUUUUUGGAGGGAGAACACAGCGAGCUUAAGCCAACAACGUAGUGCGAACAGUGCAACAGAAAACCACCUAAUUUUGAUCUAGAGAACUAUAAACCACAAGCAGAGUAGCCAAAACCCCCACAUAUGUAGUGCAAGUGUCGAUCAUCUAUGAUUGAUACCUAAAUAUAGAGAGAUAGAGAGUUAUAUUUACAAACAAACACCACCUAGACGACAGGUGACCCCCCAAAAAGACAAGCCAGAAACAGGAACAGACACUGCUGAGGCACUGACCGCGCUACACGGUCACAUCCAGAUACAUCUUCAUCUGCACGGAGCCACUAAAGCCAGCAAAAUAGAUACCAUGGAGGACAAUAACACGAGCAGCAGUGCGGGCGGUGCGUCCAUCAAACAGGAGGAUCCAUCUGUGACACUCACAAUAAGGCUGAUUAUGCAAGGGAAGGAAGUUGGUAGUAUUAUUGGUAAAAAGGGUGAAAUUGUCAACAGAUUUCGUGAAGAGUCUGGUGCCAAAAUCAACAUUUCGGAUGGAUCGUGCCCGGAACGUAUUGUGACUGUGUCUGGUACAACUAAUGCAAUCUUUUCGGCAUUUACGCUCAUUACAAAGAAGUUCGAAGAGUGGUGCUCGCAGUUCAAUGACGUAGGCAAAGUUGGCAAAACUCAAAUUCCCAUUCGAUUGAUCGUGCCCGCCAGUCAAUGUGGAUCGUUAAUUGGCAAGAGUGGCUCUAAAAUCAAGGAAAUUCGCCAGACCACAGGCUGCUCCAUUCAGGUGGCCAGUGAAAUGCUGCCAAACUCGACGGAGCGAGCGGUUACCUUGAGCGGCAGUGCUGAGCAGAUCACCCAGUGCAUCUAUCAGAUAUGCCUCGUCAUGUUGGAGUCUCCGCCGCGCGGUGCUACCAUCCCAUAUCGACCAAAACCGCAGGUGACUGGUCCUGUCAUCCUGGCCAACGGACAGGCCUUCACCAUCCAAGGAAACUACGCAGUGCCCACACAAGAGACCUGUCCAGUAUUUCCACUCGCCCUGGCCACCGGCGGGCUACAUGCUGGUAUCUCAGGUCUGACGGAUCCUUUGUUAAAGGGGGCACAUUUACCAGGAGCGGUACCAGCACACCACCAUCACCUACAGCAAAUGCCCGAUGUGGCCAAGAACCCGCUGGCCAGCUUGGCUGCCUUGGGCCUGGCCGGGAUGAAUCCGGCCAGCACUGGGGGCAUCAACCACACAGGUGAGUUGAGCGCUUCUGCGGCCAGAUGCCAGACAGAUUUCCAAUCUAAUCUAGGCUCUGCCCCAGCAGCCCUGGCUGCACUGGCCGGGUCGCAACUCCGUACAGCGAAUCCCGCGAACCGAGCCCAGCAGCAGCAGCACGAGAUGACCGUAUCCAACGACCUGAUCGGCUGCAUCAUCGGCAAGGGCGGCACCAAGAUCGCCGAGAUCCGUCAGAUCUCCGGCGCCAUGAUCCGGAUCUCGAACUGCGAGGAGCGCGAGGGCGGCAACACCGACCGCACCAUCACCAUCAGCGGCAACCCGGACUCGGUGGCCUUGGCCCAAUACUUAAUCAACAUGAGAAUAUCCAUGGAGACUGCUGGUCUGCCCAUACCCGGAUACCACUACAUUGCGCCCAGUACAAUUGUUAAAACGCCCAUUCACUAAAUGCAACAAUCAAUCGCCAGCAAGAUAUCCAACAGCAACUGAGGAUCGAUUAGGAGGAGGAGGACUGCGACAGCGACUGCGACUGCAACUGGACUGGAGGACACAAGUUUCGGAGGAUGUCGAAUGCUAAAUAAUAAGCAAUUCAUCAAAAAACACAGAACAUUGACAUUGGGGGAGGAGAUCCAGAGGGAUCGAAUAUCGUCGGAAAUCAAACAUCAAACAAACAACACUUGUCUACACUCACCCACACGAGACACACGAGGAGAAAAUCAUAUAUACACGUUAUAUUUAUUCAUUGAUUCUUAUUAAUUAUGAUAUUUUUCAUUAAGUUUUAAACGCAAGGGCAAACAAAUACAAGAACUUAUGUGUUGAACCGUUUUCGCGGGGCCCGACGGAGUGCGUGGGGCUACCCCAAAGUAAGAACAGAACAGCAAUUAAUUUUAAGAUUAGUCAAAAUGAAGACAAAAUAAAAACAUAAAAUCUAUUAACCACAUAACAAGCGAAAAUAAGAAAGGCAAAAAUUCAAAACGCAGUAAUUCUAAGCAAACUAUUUAUGCAUGAGCAUGACCAAAAAAACAAAACAAAACAAAAAAAAAAUGAUGAAAACAGGAGUACAGGAGUAAGCGCUUUCGAUAGCGGAAGGUUUAAGCUUAAAGGAUCGAAUAUAAAAAGAGACAUUGAAACAGACUAACGAACAAACAAACAAACACAAACCAAGCAAACAAAGACAGAAACAAGGUACAGAUCAACAGCAACAUUACAUUACUUCAAGUCGCAUUGGGGACCACCGACCCGACCGAUGUUUGCGUUUGUUAGUUGUUUGUUUAUGUGUACAACAUACAUAUAUUUUAUAUAUAGCGAUGUAGCGACAUGGCGAUGUAUUGAUACGAUAAUUUUUAUUUUAUUAUUUCUAUUAUGGUAAUUGUUAUCGAAAUUGUAUUUGUGAUUUUUGAAUAUGUUUAGACUGAUGUGCAAAAUUGAUUCUGUUUAUUGAUUACGAUUAAAAUACACAUAAAUUACUAUGGACUAAUUAUUAGCAAUCUCUGUCUCCUUCGUUCGUUGAUGCUAAAUGCUGAAUUCUAAAAUUUAUUCGUUCAGGAUUAGUUAACACGACAGCUGAAGCUGAAGCUGAAGCUGAAGGAUCAAAAUUCGAACUAGCAAAAGAGAUUUUAUUUGAUUACACUUAUCGAAAUUGUUGCAUCCUCCCAUGUUUGGUUUCUAGUUAAAUUGUUUCCACCGGACAACAAAAUAAAACAAAACAAAAACAAAAAAACAAUUACUUACAAUUUAGUGAAGAAAAUUCGAAUUACAAUAAUAAUUUUUAAGCAAUUUUGCGGCGAUUAAAAAGACUUUUUCGAUGCGUGGAAUAUACUAAAAGAAAAGAAAGAAAAAAAAAUGGAUUUAAUUAUAUUACAAUUAUGCUUAAAGUAAAGUAUAAUUUUAAUUUAUUAGCUGUUAAAUUUAUACGCAAAACAAAAACUAAAAAACGAGAACAGAACAAAAAAGAAUCACAAGAAAAGAAAACAUCAAAAAUAAACUGAUUUUCACUGUUAAAAUUACAAAUUAUAUUAAUUUUAUUCUAAUUUAGUUCGUAGGCUGGGCAGUAUAAACAAAAGCAUCACUGAGACACACUGAGAACAUUUAGUUGCAUUCACGAAACAAUAAUUCACGAAAGAGCCUCUCAGACGAGCGAAAUGGUGUCAAAACCGAAGGUGAAAGCGAAAGCGAAAGCAUCAGUUUGCUAGUUGGCAAAAUGUGUCAAAUUUUAUUCUAUAUACAUUAAUUAUUUCGUAAGACAGUUAUCGAAACAUAAAAGUAACAACCAACAUAUCCACUGCAAGAAAACCAAUCUAAUCACAACUUAUAUUAACCAACACAAGAUACAAAAGUAACGAAAUAUUAACCCUAAAAUUCAUACAUAUAAGACAAACAUAUCCCAUAGAACGCAAUGCAUUAAUCUAAACUAUAUAAUUUAUAUCAAAAUUAACACAAUUUCGUGGUCUGUUUUUUGACUUGGAAAUUAACCGACAAAGUGAGGUGGUUGCAAAGUGAUUUUUUUGUGCAACACCCAUUGUCACGGUUCGAAAAUGAUCUAAUUUUAUCAGUCACUAGAUUAGCAUCUUCCGCUCAUACAAAAGUUUAAAAAAAAAGACAUACUUAUGAAAGAACAAAACUUGAUUACAGGAAAUUGUUAAUAGCAUAAAGAGUAAUACUAUAAAUUAACGUAUAAACGACAGGACGUGCCUGGUCCCAAGGGAUAAGCUAUGAACUAUUCUAUGAAGGAUCAGGCGACUGGCGGGAGAGGCGUUUAAACGAUAUCAUGAGGCGAAACUAUUUCGUGAUUUUAAUGACAAAUAUAUUUCGCUGAUGACAAAAACAAUUUGAAGCAAUCAUUUUGAAAUCAAGAACCGCGGUUCUCAACUUAAAACAAAUCGGAAAUGAAUAUGAAAACAAAGAGAAACUGAUCGGGAGGAGGGAGAAGUAAAUCCAUAUAUCUAUACAUAAAUGAAUGAUAUAUCUAUAUAUAAAUAUACAUAAAUUAAAUAUAUAAUUAUUAUGUACACUUGUAUUUAAAUGUAUUCGAAAUAUUUAGUAAAUUUUUUGCGCAAGUUACACAGACGAGAACACUAAAAGAUAAAAAAAACAAAGAUAAAAAAUAUUUAAAAAAGACGAGGGCGACUACGGAGAUAGACGGGUCAACAGCGGGUAACUGGGAUUAAUUGUAAAAUAAAAAGUAAUGAAAGGGAUAAUUAAAUUAUGUGUAUGUGUGUAUAAGAGAAAUAGCUCAAAAAUUUCACAAAACAAUUUUACUUAAUAUGCGUGUGUAAUUAAUGUAAUUUAAUAACGACAUUUUGUUGAAAACUUGUAAAUUUGCAAAGGAAAAAUACGUGUAAGAAAAGCAAUUUUAAUGGUGCCUUAAAAACCAAACCAAACCAAGCAAAUUUCUUCAAGCCUGCCUUGCCUGCCCCCCCAAACGAACCACCAUUCCCAACUGGAUGGCAUGUGAGUUUUCUACUCCUUUUAAACCCUGCUCUUUUCAAUACUUCCCACGGACACUGGUGCUCGACCCGGUCCCUCGGUCGGUCCUCGAUCAGAUCGAGCCUGACUGGGGGCGCGAUGCCGGCACCGCUUAGUUAAUAUGCGUGUUAUAUCAUUUCGACAUAAGAACUUAUCCCUUUUAGCGAAACACGGUGACCCACAAUUGCUCAAAGCUAUCCGAGUCUGUGCAAAGAGUUGCCCGUUACAUUUGCGAAUUCGAUUCGACAGCCUAACUUACAAUUAGCUGCAAAAACACGUAGUGGAUGUGACACUGAGAUCCAAAAUGAACAACUAGCCCGAACAAAAAAAGCAAAAAAAAAUCAACAAAAAAAAUGAAUGGAUACCCAAAAAAACACAAGCAAAAAUAUUAUCAAAUUAUAUACAUAUACAGCAAAACAAACACAUUAAUGUUUCUCUCAGUGUAAUUACAAAUCACUUGAAUGUAUUUGCUCACAUUUUUACAAUACAUGUCGAAGAACUCUACACAAUAAGCAACAAAUGUAAAAGCAUUUAAGGCACUUGACCGAUCGUUCGAUAUAUUGAGGAAGGAUGAAGGGUAUUGACGAUCGGAUGGAUGGAUGGAUGGUCGGACUUUGGAUGCAAGAUAAUUGUUAAAGAAAUCCACUGUAGGAAUGGGUUCGAAAAACCAGACAGUAUAAUAUAAAAGGAAAACAAAAAUUAAAUAUUUAUAUACAUAUGAAAGGCAAAAGCAAAAGCAAAAAGCAAAACAGAAACAGAAACUAUAUUUAAGGUAUUUUAGAUAUUCUUAUUUAAUAUCCAGAAAACAAGACGAGAAAUUAUACGAGCAGAGUUUUAAUUUAGGCACAGAGUAGGGAGAGAGAUGUGGGUAGAUCGGGUCUAACUAAUGAACAAAUAUAUGUGUAUUAACUAACUAAAUAUCAGUGUUAGAAUUGUUAAGCAAAUAGGAUCAGGAUCAGACCAGGUGGCGGCGGUUUUACUCUGCCGAUCCAUCCUGGCGGCGAGUGCGGGCGAUCCUGUUUUUUGAUUCUGUUACAUACGAGUAUCCGUAUCCCUUUGUUUGUGAAAACAUUAUGGAAUGAGUAUUAGCGCAAGAAAGCAGAAGCAGUUGAAGGCAUAACUACGUGUAUUCCAAUUCAUCAAAGCAAUUGAAGAAUUAAUAGAACACCUAGGCGGGACGAGCUACCUUGUCCCCCCUAGCCACUAGAAAUAUACGAAACAUCUAAGGUUUCCCAGCAUAACAAAGCGAAUCAAAGCAAAACCAAAUAUCGAUCAUAUUAUCUUACGUAGAGGAUAACACAAGCAACUUAACUACUAGCAUAUGGUACACACAUACAAUGCAUACAUUAGCCGACAGCAACGGAACCCCAUAGCUUGGUUAGACAAUAUAUGGCAUUGGAUAUGGACAGUGGUCAGUGGACAGUGGACAGUGGACAGGGGACUGUAGACUGUGGGCAUUGGGACGUAAGGCGUAAGGAUAAUGGCGCAUAACUUAAUAACUUAAUUAAGGGAUGUUUUCACCGAAAUUAGCGUAUGUAUAUGUGUGUGUGUUUGUAUACGUGUAGGCAUUAAGUUGGAGGAUCUCUUCUAAUUGUAAGCCCAAGAGGACAGCAGGACAGCAGAACAGCACAUCCGGAAGCACUGCAUCUCCGGGCCAAUCAGCCCGGGGACGGAAAUAAUAACCGACGGCAAACUAGUUGCCUAGCAUGUAGGACUCUCUCUUACUCUCAUCUUAAAAGAAGACGAAAAGAAUGAAUAUGCAGCAUAAAAUUGAUAAAACUGAACAAUUGGGAUCAACUUAUAUUUUAAAUAUAAGAUUAAAUUGUAAAACAAGACCUAAGCAAACUUUUUAAUUAAGCCCCGGGGAAGUUUGUAGAGGAAGCUACUUCUAAAUCUAAAGAGCGUCUAAAAGAAAAAAAAACGA